AUGGAUGCGCUUCGCAAGGAUGUUUAUGGCUUUAAUGCAUCGGCCAUAGCCACGACUUCGUCUUACUUCUACGGCAAGUUGGUCUCCAGGGGAGCUAGAUUGGCAUUAGUCGCCGAGGAAGUUGGUUUCCCUGAUGUGAUUCCAGCAGUAAGGAGGUUCUUGAAGGAGACGAUCGAGCCAUGGCUGGAAGGGACAUUCAACGGGAAGGGGGUUUUUGUACCAUUUCAAAUGGGUUGGCAUUGUUACCAAGCAAGGGCUAACCAAUUCUGGCGCCGAUUCUGGGUUCAGUAUAUACAACGACCACCAUUUCCAUUAGGCGCAAGGAUGUUGAUGGCUUUAAUGGACCGUGUGGGAGUAUUUCGUCCGCCGUAG